UCAUUGAAGACAGAGUGCAAAACCUCGCAGAGAGCAACGUCUCUCAUUCAAAUACCAGGACUUGUCCAACAGAGAGAACAUAUAUCUGACCCACCAGGCCAAAGAGGUAACAAAGCUCCACCAUGAAGUUUUCUCUCGCUCUGGGUUUUGCCUUCAUCCUCCCACUCAUCAGGGCUCAGGUGCCCCAUUGGGGACCUUGUCCAGAUCCGGCUGUUCAGACGGCCUUCAACCUCAAACAGUUCAUGGGGAGAUGGUUUGAAAUUGCCAAACUGCCGGCCCAGUUUGAGAAGGGUCGGUGCAUCGAAACCAAUUUCACUUUGAAAACAGACAACUCCAUUCGAGUGGUCAGCUCUGAAAUACUAAAAGCAGAGCUGAGGAAAAUUGAAGGGACUGGAGUCGUAGAGGAUAUCAAGAAUCCGGCUAAACUGGGAAUAAGUUAUUCCUACGUCCUGCCCUACUCCCCUUACUGGAUCCUGUCCACUGACUAUGUGAACGUCGUCCUGGUGUACUCCUGCACCGACAUCCUGAGGAUCUUCCACGUCGACUUCGCCUGGAUCCUGGGCCGAACACGAAGCAUGCCAGAGGCCACCGUCCAGAUAGCCAUGGAUACCUUCGCCAAGAACAACAUCGACGUGAGCAGGAUGAUUCCCAGCAAGCAGCAGGGAUGUGACAAAACCCUCUGAGCAGCGAUGGAAAUUAAUCACAAGAUGGCGCUGUGGUUGACAAGAGAGAAGCAAAAUUAUCAUCUCCUCCAGAAAAAUACUUGACUCAUAUUUGGAUAAUUAUGGUGAGGGAUGUAGUAUAGGGUAGAAUAAACUCAGUGACGAUAAUAAAACCAUUUACUGCAUGCUUAUGGUAAGUAUUUUUGUUAUGAGGGGUUUGUAAGUACAAAAGCAUUGUGUUUUGCAACACCUUUUUUUUAAAACUCAAGAUCCCUGGUUGUAGUAUUUCAACCAGGGAGAGUCAAGCUGAGAGUAACAUUCAAGCUUUUACUAAUGAUAAUGUCUGCUGUUUAUUUUCAUGAAAAUAGAAAAAUCAGAAUUUAAAUCAAAUGAUGAGUAAAUCUGAUGUUCAUACCACAAACUCGGAGCAUGAAGUAUCCAAUUAAAGUCAAUACAACUCAGUGAAAUGGAUUCCAUGAGAUCUUUCUUGAUUCUUUGCAUCAUGCUUUUCAUGAAAACAUACUGCAUACAUCAGAGUAUAGUUUGAGUAUUUCUGAAGACCCUGGGACAUCAUCCUUAUAAAUGGAACAUAGGAACACUAACUUUUAAACUUAUAUCAUGGGAAGAAUCAUUUUAUAAAAGCUUGUUUUAAGGUUAUUCCUCUCGUAUUCCUUUCUGUGCCUCAAGCUAAUGUAAAAGCAUGAGACCCACCCACAGCCAACUCACACACAUACAAAUAAAUCGUGUUUUACUUCUCUAAAAAGGUUAAACUCCAGUCUACUAUUUAAUGUAUUAUAUUUAAACCUUAAUAUCAUAGUAAUUCUUAAUAAUAUUUGAGUUGAUCUUACAUAAUUUAAUCUCUCGAUGUUUUCCCUUUCAGAUUUCUAAUUAAUGGUCAUGUUUGGUAUGUCACAAAUAAGAUAAGUGCUAAGUUCUAUGUGGUUCUGACCUGCUUGAUACAUUGUUGUAAUGCAAUGAAUAAAACACAAUUUGUUAAAUAAAAUAAACACAUUGACAACA